GAUUUCUGGAAUAAAUAUCUCCCAACCCACCCGGAAAACACCACGAAGAUUAGGUUUUUUCUACCAUUCGUUCCUUACCUCGCCGCCGUUGCUGAGAUGGCUGCCUCCGCUUUCGCUGUCUCGAUGGCGCGGGCCGGUCAGUCUUUCCGCUCAACACUAAGUACAAUGCUCACGAAACGCUUAUUCCAUUCCCCGUUUCCCUCUUCCCGGCAUCCCAUCGGUCUUGUUUCUUCCCUGGUCGGUGAUGUCGUGCGCCGCCGUCCGAUGCCUUACGCUUCCGUACGACUGGUAGCUGGAGGCGGCGCUGCUAGGCUCAACCCUAUCCGUUGCAGAAUCAAUCGGUCAGGGGACUCGCCCUACUCACCGAUCAACUCGGGUUCUGGUGGUGGAUUCAGUGAUAGGCCACCGACUGAGAUGGCUCCUCUGUUCCCUGGAUGCGAUUAUGAGCAUUGGCUCAUCGUUAUGGAUAAGCCAGGCGGGGAGAACGCCACCAAGGAGCAAAUGAUCGAUUGCUACAUCAAAACCCUAGCAAAGGUCGUUGGAAGCGAGGAGGAAGCAACAAAGAAAAUCUACAAUGUCUCGUGCGAACGCUACUUUGGCUUCGGGUGUGAGAUUGACGAGGAAACAUCUAAUAAGCUUGAAGGACUUCCCGGAGUUUUAUUUGUGCUUCCUGAUUCUUAUGUUGAUGCUGAAAACAAGGACUAUGGAGAUUGACAUCAGAGUUGUGUCCAUCGAUUCAAUGCUUCUUUGAAAGGAAUUACUGAGCGGUGAUCAUUUAACUGCUUAUUAAUGGAUUAUGAAUGCUUAAAUGUAUCCUGCAAAAACAGAAAGUAUUCAUAUACACUAGCAUUAAAUGAUAUUAUUUAAUUAAUAA